GAGGACGUCACUUCCGCCGAGUCCCUGACCUGCUGCUAGAAUCGCGACGGGAACUGGAACCUGAGGUCCCCGCACAGCCCGGGCCUGGCGCCCUGAGGGGAAAAGCGUCCCGGCCCAGGGUGCUGGGGUGGAGACUUUGACUCCAGUCCCUUCCCUAGCCAUGACGGACGGGAUCCUAGGGAAGGCAGCCACAAUGGAGAUCCCCAUCCAUGGGAAUGGUGAAGCUGGGCAGCUUCCUGAAGAUGACGGGCUGGAGCAGGACCUCCAGCAGGUGAUGGUGUCAGGACCCAACCUCAAUGAAACUAGCAUUGUGUCUGGUGGCUAUGGGGGCUCUGGUGAUGGACUCAUCCCCACAGGGUCUGGCCGCCAUCCAUCUCACAGCACCACGCCUGCUGGCCCUGGAGAUGAGGUGGCUCGGGGCAUCGCCGGAGAGAAGUUUGACAUUGUCAAGAAGUGGGGCAUCAACACAUAUAAGUGCACAAAACAGCUGUUAUCAGAGCGAUUUGGCCGAGGCUCCCGGACUGUGGACCUGGAGCUAGAGCUGCAGAUUGAGUUGCUGCGUGAAACGAAGCGCAAGUAUGAAAGUGUCCUGCAGCUGGGUCGGGCACUGACAGCCCACCUCUACAGUCUGCUGCAGACUCAGCAUGCACUAGGUGACGCCUUUGCUGACCUCAGCCAGAAGUCCCCAGAGCUUCAGGAGGAAUUUGGAUACAAUGCAGAGACUCAGAAGCUGCUGUGCAAGAAUGGGGAGACACUUCUAGGGGCUGUGAACUUCUUUGUCUCUAGCAUCAACACUUUGGUCACCAAGACCAUGGAAGACACACUCAUGACUGUCAAACAGUAUGAGGCUGCCAGGCUGGAAUAUGAUGCCUACCGAACAGACUUAGAGGAGCUGAGCCUAGGUCCCCGGGAUGCAGGGACACGUGGUCGACUUGAGAGCGCCCAGGCCACUUUCCAGGCCCAUCGGGACAAGUAUGAGAAGCUUCGGGGAGAUGUGGCUAUCAAGCUCAAGUUCCUGGAAGAAAACAAGAUCAAGGUGAUGCACAAGCAGCUGCUACUCUUCCACAACGCUGUGUCCGCCUACUUUGCUGGGAACCAGAAACAACUGGAGCAGACCCUGCAGCAGUUCAACAUCAAGCUGCGGCCUCCAGGAGCUGAGAAGCCCUCUUGGCUAGAGGAGCAGUGAGCUGCUCCCAGCCCAACUUGGCUAUCAAGAAGGACAUUGGGAUGGGCAGCCCCAGGGUGGAGGAGUCGGACACAGGACAUCCCUUGCCACUUGCCCUCUGGCUUGGGCUCCCUUUCCCUUGCUGGGAUUUGACACCAGUUUUGCCCAUGCUGCUGUGGUAUGAAGAGGGCCUGUAGGCCUAGAAGCUGCUGCCCUGUCCUUUAUCUUCCUGACCACUGGGUUUCAUUCCCAGAUCUUUUCCUUCCACUCCACAGCCAAAGGCUAUGACAAACCACUCCCUGGCCAAUGGCAUCACUCUCAGGCCUAUCCCCAGCUCUUGGGGUGUGCCCCUGACCCAAUGACAGAGCCUAAUAGGCUCUGUCAGCCAAUGGCAGCUCUUCUUGGGCUCCCCUGGGCCAAUAAUGUUGCCUCCAAUACCCUUUGUCCCUUCUCUAUGCGUACCCAUUGCAGAGAAGGGGACUGGGACCAAAGGGGUGGGAAUAAUGGGGAGCCCCAUUUCUGGCUCUGUGUCUGAAUGGGCCUCCCCUCACCCAUCCACCCAGUUUAAUUGUGCUUACAGCCCAGGAAGAUUGGGAUCUAGCACUAGGAAUAAACCUUUCAUAAAAGCAGGCCCAGUGAGGUCAAUUU